AUGACUCGUCUUGGUCUCGUCCUCCUGGCGCUAGCAGCACUGGCUCACGAUGCAGCUUGUUCGAGUUUACAAUCAAGGUCCAAACGAGCGGCAGUACAGCUGGGUAACAGUUCUCCCUCCUCGUACUGCCAGAGUCUGUUAGACAUGGCGGACACUGUGUCCGACAUCAACCAAACCCCACUUCUAGAGAUGCUCAUCAACCAGGCAUGUUCAAACGUUGUCUUCUUGCCCGAUGAAUUCACAACGCAGGAAGCAACGCAAACGACAACGACAAAGUCAACGACAACUUCAAGGACAGCGACAGCAACAACUACAACAGCUAAUCCUUCGACGCGAACAUGUGGUACUAUCACCGAAGCAGCGUCAUCUCUGAGAGUCAUCAACGGACAGAGAGUGGCUGUGGGAGAAUAUAAGUUCCUGGUAACACUUCUUAAAAACGACCAGGUUGUGUGUACCGCCACAAUCAUAGACCCAACCCACGUCAUGACAGCAGCUCACUGCACUAGACGCUCGACGGCAGAACAACUUUCGGUUGGCAUAGCCGAACAUGAUAUUACCAAGAAUGACGGCGAAAAGAUCAUCAAGGUGAAGACGUUAACCCAGCACAGUGGGUACAACCAUGCCAACAUAGUGAACGACAUCAGUGUCCUGACACUGGCGGAGCCCAUCACCGGUAUCAAGAACGCCGAGCCGGUGUGUCUCCCAGUCGACGGCCAGUGCGAGAACCUGAACGGAAUGCAGUGUGUUGUGGCAGGGUGGGGAGCCACCUCACAGCAGGGCGGGUUCAGUUCCUAUCCAAACUUCCCCUACGAUGCAACUGUCGUGACUUACGAUGGGAAAUCGUGCCCCCACAGAAAUUCAGCACCCAGUGACCAAAAUACACAGAUCUGUGCUGCUGGGGAAUCCGACACUUGUGAGGGUGAUUCCGGCGGUCCGCUGGUCUGCCAGUACGGCGGUAGAUGGGUCCAGUGCGGCGUGACAUCAUACGGGGCGGAGGAAUGCAAUGCCAAGGACACACAAGGCAUCUACACAAAAGUACCUGCCUACGACGCGUGGAUUAAGUCAGCUCUUGCAAAAUGAAGACUCGGGCAACUGUAGCGUCAUUCAAUAAAGAUAGAGCCGUU